GGACUGUCAUACAGCAAGUACUCAGUCAGAGGCCUCUUCUGAUUCGUUGGAACACUGACUGCUACCAGAAAUCCUUCCUGCCCACAGCAUCACCACCCACAAUUCUCUUAAAAUACUUGGAUGAUUUAAGUUACUUUAGCAAAGUAUUUUUGAAUAAAAUCUGACUUAGGAACAUCUAAACUGGUUCCAGAAUAACCGGUUAACUGGUCCCAGUUGCUGCCGACAUGAACUACCAGUAACAAGUUUGAAAUGGUUCUUGUUCUCCUGCUGCAGCGACCUAACCGCUAAACUGGUCCCAGCUCGGAGGUUCUUCGGUGAAACUGUGGGACCAGUAUAGUAGUUAAUUCCCAGUUCAUUCUCCAGCAGUAGCUGACUGAACACACGCCCGGCCUAGCUUCUCCCGCUAACACAGUCCCUCCGCUACUACGCUGUAAAUACACCUCUAACGAAACCAUCCGCUGCUACACAAAUCUUAAUCUGAGGUAUCAGAGUCCAAAUGGGAAGUUCUGGUAGUUGAAGCAACAACAAAACAGCUUUAAAGGACAUUUAAGAUCAGAAAACUGCUCUGCUGUAAAAAUAACACGACUAACCUGUGUCAGCGACGGCCAAGGAAGAGACCGGAACAUCGCGAGACUUGAAUUAAUCCAAUCGCGUCGCUGAUCAUUAGCAUCGCGAGAAUUAGAUAUGUACGCCGUUGUUAAGUUAACAUAUCGCGAGAGUAAAAUUAGUAGAACGUCUGAUCCAUACUCCUAUCCGGGAGGUGGCGGUAAUGCACCCAACCGCCAUAAAAACGAAAGGAGAAGAAGAACAACAAGAAGAAAAUUAGUAGCAUCGCUGCUGUUAAUUAUCGGGUUUACGGCCAACUUCACCACAUUUAGGCCUAACAUGACACUCUGCUGGUUCCGCUGAUGUUCCGGAUUUGGACUCCGGUUCGGACAGUUCUCAAGAGGUUCUGCAGCUGUUCAGACAUGCCGAACCCGAAAGGAAAGUUCUUCUACGCUGUCAGGAAGGGAGUCAAACCCGGAGUCUAUAAGUCCUGGGAAGAGUGUAAGAUCCAGGUGGACAAGUUUCCAGCUGCGUCGUUUAAGAAGUUUGGAUCAGAACGAGACGCCUGGGCGUUCUUCAGAGGAGAAGACCCGUCUGCGGUUCCGGACCACAGCACAGGUGUGUCGGUCCAGACAGGGACCCGGCCUGGAGAGACAGACGUCCCUCUGCUCCCCAGACGGGGCCCAGAGCCGGUGGAGUGCAUCCCGCUAGGAAAGAAGAGGCCCCGCCCAGAGGAGGGGGCGGAGCCUCAGCCUAAACGAGCAAAGCCAUCAGACGGCUCGUUAGCAGGAAGCAGUGAUGGGUUCACCUACAUGGGCGAUGCCGUGGUGGUGUACACCGACGGCUGCUGCUCAGCCAAUGGGCGGGCCCGGGCCCGGGCCGGGAUCGGGGUGUACUGGGGCCGGAACCACCCACUAAAUGUUGCAGAACGGCUGCAGGGGCGACAGACCAAUCAGAGAGCAGAGAUUCAGAGACGUAACGUGUGCAGCAGGACGCUGGCAGCGAUAAACCGAUCAGAGGAUUGUUGUCUGAGUUCUGCAGCCUCGGUAAAAACCAGACAGGUUCUUCCUCCAUCACCGUCUCUCUUCAUCUGCGACUCCAUGCCGCUCAUCUCACUGCUGCUGUGGAAAAGGAAGUGAAGCAAACUAAUGUUUGCCGUCAUUCCGGGAGGAUCAACAAAAGACCUCCAACUGCCGGACAUCGGUGUGAACAGGCCGUUCAAACAGACGCUGCGAGGGAGCGAUGGACUGAACACACGCUUACUGAGACGGGGCGCCGGGCGAAGUUACGCCACCAGGUGUGGAUGGACUGGACGCCUGAUGGAUCUUUUCUUUCCAGGCAGCAUUUUAAACGGUGAUCCAGGCUUUUAUUUCCACUCGGUUGGAUUCCUGUGACUCCCUUCAUCUGGGAGUCAGUCAGUCGCUGCAGCUGGUUCAGAUGCUGCUGCACCACUUUGAACCGGAACUGGAAAGAGGGAGCAUGUGACC